GCGGUGGCGGUGAUGAAAUGUAUGAGCUGAAGUACAGGACAGAUGAUAGCUAAUGAUAGCUAAACCUGAUGCCUUUUGUCAUCUCAUUUUUCAAGGAGGUACUGGGAUGUAGCCUGCCACUGUUAGGGGGUGAAAAUUGUGAUAAUAAUUAUCAUGUUUGCGGGCACUUUUUGGAAUCAUAAUAUUAACUUGAAAGGUGCAACCAAAUCAUCGGGUCUGUUUUAUGGACAGCUACUUUGGAGGAAGAAGAAAAAAAAAAAAAAAGACUGCCCUAAGUGAUGCCUAAAAAAGAGAGAUGCUGCUCAGAUUUUUUGAGGGAUUUUUUUUUUUUUAACCACUGUGGAACCACAGUCUUAUUUAUUAGUUUUAGAGUUAAAAAAAAAAAAAAGUAUUUUGUGAGUUGGAUCAGUUUGUGAUGGGUAGGGGUUGUGUCCAGUCUACAGGUAAUAUUGGUGGAAGGGUAUGUGUACUCGCACAAAGCUGUCUCCAGCAGGGCUUUAACAGUUGGGUUCCCUAAUUUGUAAGCUCUGUUUUCUUGACAACUCUUACUUUAGUUUUAGAAAGUAUUUCCAAUCUGGUUAUUUUGAGAGCCCUUCCAUUCUACUGCUAAUUCUUUCCCUGGUGACUAUUCGAAGUCAUAAGCUAGAAACAGAGAGAACUAUUUCUAAUUCCCGUUUAGCACUCAUCAUUGUGGAUAGACUGACCUGGACCUUUGAAGUCCUGGGCAUGAGAAGGUUGGGUAUGCAAGCCAGCCCUUUCUUUCCAGAGACCAAAGCAAUUUCCAGAUGUUGGAAUGGUGAGCAGUUAUGGUGACUGCGUAGCAGGCAGAGGUGUGCUUACGUUCUUCUGGGUAAACUUUCUGCCGUGCGUCAUAUGGAGGGCCAGGCAGUCGCUGCACGGAUGAGGGAGUGGUGGGUGCAGGUGGGUCUGCUGGCUGUGCCCCUGCUUGCGGCCUACCUGCAUAUCCCACCCCCCCAGCUUUCCCCUGCCCUUCACUCCUGGAAGUCGUCAGGCAAAUUUUUCACCUACAAGGGACUGCGCAUCUUCUACCAAGACUCUGUGGGUGUGGUUGGAAGUCCUGAGAUAGUUGUGCUUUUGCAUGGCUUUCCAACAUCCAGCUAUGAUUGGUACAAGAUUUGGGAAGGUCUGACCCUAAGGUUUCAUCGAGUGAUCGCCCUUGAUUUCUUGGGCUUUGGCUUCAGUGACAAACCGAGACCACAUCACUAUUCCAUAUUUGAGCAGGCCAGCAUUGUGGAGGCACUUUUGCGGCACCUGGGGCUCCAGAACCGCAGGAUCAACCUUUUGUCUCAUGACUAUGGAGAUAUCGUUGCUCAGGAGCUGCUCUAUAGGUUCAAGCAGAAUCGAUCUGGUCGGCUUACCAUAAAGAGUCUCUGUCUGUCAAAUGGAGGUAUAUUUCCUGAGACUCACCGUCCUCUCCUACUCCAAAAGCUCCUCAAAGAUGGAGGCGUGCUGUCACCCAUCCUGACACGAUUGAUGAACUUCUUUGUAUUCUCCCGAGGUCUCACCCCAGUCUUUGGGCCGUACACCCGCCCCUCUGAGAGUGAGCUGUGGGACAUGUGGGCAGGGAUCCGCAACAAUGACGGAAACUUAGUCAUCGACAGUCUCUUACAGUACAUCAACCAGAGGAAGAAGUUUAGAAGACGCUGGGUGGGAGCUCUUGCUUCUGUAACUAUUCCCAUUCAUUUUAUCUAUGGGCCACUGGAUCCCGUAAACCCCUAUCCAGAGUUUUUGGAGCUGUACAGGAAAACGCUGCCGCGGUCCACAGUGUCGAUUCUGGAUGACCACAUUAGCCACUAUCCACAGCUAGAGGAUCCCAUGGGCUUCUUGAAUGCAUAUAUGGGCUUCAUCAACUCCUUCUGAGCUGGAAAGAGUAGCUUCCCUGUAUUACCUCCCCUACUCCCUUACCUGUUGUGUAUUCCACUUAGAAAGAAAUGCCCAAAAGAGGUCCUGGCCACCAAACGCUAUUCUCUCACAAAAGUCCACCUGACUCACUUGUGAUCAGCAUAUAGUUAAAAAGCCCACGGAAGCUCUGGCUAAGGAUGGCCCGAACAGUCCACCUCCCAUUCUUCUAACAUCUGAGCGAGUGUAUGGACUUGCCUUUGUCUUUGUGCUAUCAGAAAAUUCUGAUGAGCAUGACUACUCACAGAUUCAGAAAGACAGACGUUUUGAAAGUCUUUCUGACAAUUCUGUGGACUUUUCUGGAAUAUUUAGAAAUGCUAAUUUCUGGCCCACCCUCGAUUGGAAUCCUAUGGUAAAGAAUGAGGAGAGGGGGUCUCCUUACCUGUCCUCAAAUGGCCGUAAGGGCACACGCUUUCAUAACUUCUCUAAGCAACACGGCUUAGUGAGAGUGAGUCUCCCUUGUCAUAACUUUGGAUUUCGUUCCAUCAGCUGCUUUUAAUUAUAGGCAUUUUGUUGACCUAGGUUUUGGUUUGAAUAUGCAGUAUUCUAAGUAUACUUUAAUACUAUGAUUUACCUGCACGUAUUAUAUGUAUUUUAUAAGAAUACUAAACCAGCAGAUACUCUGGCAGAGUAGUGAACCUUAUUCAACAGGUUUCAUUUCUGAGUAAAUUGAAUUAAACCCAGACUAUUUACAGAAUUUCCUAAAAUCACAGGAUGUUAAGGACCAGUAGCAUCCUUGCCAGAGAUUUACUGUUAUUAGCUAAUUCUAACAGCAAAUAACAGUCUGACUCUUCAUACCUCAGUGCUUAGAAGCAUGUCCCUCCUGAGCUGGAGGGGAGGGGAUCGUUGUAUAGUCCAAGUUACCGUGCUGAAUGUACAUGGAUUCCUUUUAUGACGAUUACUUAACUUCUCGUUGGUUGUCCUAGAGAAGCUUCCUCUCGUAGCUCAGUAAUUCCUGUACUUUGUAGACAGGAAAGUUCUGAAACCUUAAGAACAAAUUCUGAAAGGCCUAUGCGCAAAUGGUGCUGAAUACGUUUUUUUUAAGCCACAGCUUCACUGUCUUAGUCAAAACAGGAUGAUUGAGUGAUUAUUUUAAAUUUUUUUUUUUAUUAGCAACUUGAAGUAUAACGACUGAAACUGGAAUAAGUGUUUAUUUUCUAUUAAUAAAAAUGAAUUUUGACAAAA